AUGAUGGCGGAUACAGGUACGGUAAAACUCGACCGUUCGAUCGAGUCGCGCGAGCCGCCACUAUUCCAGCGCUCGGGUGAGACGAUUGAAGACUUCGUAGCGGUGAUAGAGAGGUGGGCUGCAAACCCUGCCGAGAUGGACUACUGGAUCCCUGCGUCCAGCGUGUGUCCAACAAUUGAUGCUGUCGCGAAGUGCGAUAGCAACGCAGCCAUCAGCAUUGUUAAGAAUCCUGGGAAUCACAAGGCAAACAAGCACAUUGAGAUUCGGCCGCUCGUGGUGGCGCUCGUGUACAUGUAUGUGGCGCUCGUGGUGGCGCUCGUGGUGGUGGCAGUCUACGACGAGGAGGAGGACGACGACAUCUAUCUACCGCUGCUCGAGGUGCCGUUGUCGGCAUUUCGGCAGCUACACAGAUGA